ACCACCCUUCUUUUAUCUUUUGUUGUUUAAAGUAGAAACCAGCAAACAGAGGAAGAAAUAUUUGAGAGGAGAAUAGAGAAAAUAGCAGGUGAGAGAAAGCCUGAUGAGGAAGACUGAGAGAAACAAUAACAGGUACAACUAGAAAGACAACAAGGACUAGAAAGACAGUUGGUCAAAGAGCGAUGGAGAGAAGAUAAGAGCAAGAGAGAGAGAGAUUGUGUUAAUGUGUUUGUGUGAGAGAGAGAGGGGAAGUGAGAGGGAUGGGGAGAGAGAAAAGGAGGGAGGAGGGGUUUAAUCCUGCCUGGAUUAUGGUAUAAACUGGUGCUGGGGAGUAGGAAGAGAUACUCUGGACAGAGAGGAAGUCCCACUAUCCAUCCAUCAAUCCAUCUGCCUUCCCCUCCAUCCGGCAGCGUUUCCAUCUCCCAGCACGAUGUGAUUUUGGCUUUUUUGGAACCCGUGUGGGUGAGAGGUCAGCAGAAAUGGACGGAAGGAAAAUCUGAGGAUGCAGCAGGAUUUCUUUUGGAAAUAUGUGUUUUCUGUCUGGGAAUAACCUGAUGAGUGAACUUGUGUGAAGUUUACCAAGACGUCCCACGUCUUUCGUCACUCCGUUUUUUUUUCUUCAUCCCAUACAUCCAAGUGAGGAAACAUGGAAGACAGAAGAGGAUGAUGAUGAUGGGGGCAAUAGAGAUCAGAUUAAGAGCCGUGGAGAGGGAGGUGUAGGUGAAUAUGGCGAGACUCCUUUGUGACCGCUUGUGCACAGAAGUGACCUUUGACUCUGGGGACAAAAGCUUGCUAGACUCUUUUGUAUGUCUGGAUAAGCAGCUCAGCUGACAUCAAAUCAUCCGUCACACAUUUUUUCAUUCAGUGGUGUUUGAAUUUGAAUUUUCUUCGUGGAUCCACAUGACACUUUAAAGCAAACAUGACAGAUGUGGAACAAUCACUGGACUGAUGCAGAUCGCAGCAGCUGCAGGGAUGAACCGCUGGAGUCUGGGAAGCGCUGGGAAUGCCAUUAAAUUGGACAGAAGUGGGCCACACAGAGCAAGGCUGAUGAUGCUGAUGUGGAUUAUCCUCUCCGGCUCUCUGUGCCUGAUGGUCGACGGCCAGAUGAAGCUCUCACCAGAAACGGUACAGCAGUGGGCUGUGUCCUUUGGCAAAGAGAUCGCUUCUCUGUCCGGCAGAUACUCAGGAGCUAAGCUUCUCCAGAAGAAAUACAAAGACGUCGAGGGUGCGGUGAAAAUCGAGGAGGUGAACGGAGAGGAGCUGGUGAAGAAGUUUGCAGAGGAAAUGGAGGAGAUGCUCGGGAGGAAAAUGAAAUCUGUGAAGAGUUUAGCAGAAGCAGCAGAGGAUGCUGAUCUUUACCACGAGUACAAUGAAACACUGGAGUUUGACUAUUAUAACUCCAUGCUGAUCAACACGGUGGAUGAGGACGGGAAUCCAGUGCCGCUCGGUGGAGAAUUCCAACUGGAGGAAAAUGAACAUUUCAGUAAACUGGCGGUCAACACGCAGCAGAGUAACAUACAAGUUCCUACUAACGUGUACAACAGAGAUCCAGAUAUCGUAAAUGGAGUCUAUAUGUCUGAGGCUCUGAAUGACAUUUUCAUUGACAACUUCCAGAAAGAUCCGACUCUCACCUGGCAGUAUUUUGGCAGCUCUACGGGCUUCUUCAGGUUGUACCCAGGAAUCCAGUGGAUUCCAGAUGAAAACGGUGUGGUCACAUUUGAUUGCAGAAACAGAAACUGGUACAUCCAAGCAGCCACUUCCCCUAAAGAUGUGAUCAUCGUGGUGGACGUCAGCGGAAGCAUGAAGGGACUCAGGCUGACGAUAGCCAAACACACCAUUAACACCAUCCUGGACACACUGGGAGAGAACGACUUUGUGAACAUCAUAGCAUACAGUGACUAUGUUCGCUACGUGGAGCCCUGCUUCAAGGAAACUCUAGUCCAAGCAGAUCUGGAUAACAGAGAGCAUUUUAAGCUUUUAGUGGAGCAGCUUCACGUCAAAGGAGAAGGCAAAGUGAAAAAUGCAAUGAUGGAAUCUUUCAAGAUCCUGAAUGAGGCGGCUGCACUGGGGCAGGGCAGCCUCUGUAACCAGGCCAUCAUGCUGAUAACAGACGGAGCCAUGGAGGAUUUCCAAGAUGUUUUUGAGCAAUUUAACUGGCCAGAAAGACGAGUUCGAGUGUUCACUUACCUAAUUGGACGCGAGAUGACAUUUGCAGAAAAUGUGAAAUGGAUUGCCUGCAACAACAAGGGUUACUACACACACAUCUCCACACUGGCUGACGUCCAGGAAAAUGUUAUGGAGUACCUCCAUGUUCUCAGCCGGCCGAUGGUCAUCAACCACGAUCAUGAUAUCAUCUGGACAGAGGCUUAUAUGGACAGUGUGCUGUUCAACACUCAGGCCCAAAGCCUGCUCCUCAUGACCUCGGUAGCCAUGCCUGUGUUUAGCAAGAAGAAAGAGACUUUGUCUCAUGGGAUUCUGCUGGGAGUUGUAGGAACUGACGUGGCCUUGAAAGAGCUGAUGAGAUUAGCUCCGAGAUACAAGCUGGGUGUCCAUGGUUACGCCUACCUCAUCACCAAUAACGGGUACAUCCUCUCCCAUCCCGACCUGCGACCUCUGUAUAAAGAGGGGAAGAAACUGAAGCCUAAACCCAAUUACAACAGUGUUGAUCUGUCAGAGGUGGAAUGGGAAGACACCGAAGAAAAGCUGAGAACAGCCAUGGUUAAAGGAGAAACCGGAACGUUGUUUUUAGACGUGAGAACUUCAGUGGAUAAAGGAACAAGAGUGAUGUUCUUGAGGAAUGAUUACUUCUACACUGUCAUCAAUGAGACACCAUUCAGUCUCGGGAUAGUGUUGAGUCGGGGAUAUGGACAGUACAUCUUCAUAGGAAAUGUCUCUGUUGAAGAGGGUCUUCAUGACUUAUUGGCUCCAGAUCUGACUAUAGCCAACGAGUGGACCUACUGUGAGACAGACAUUGACCCAGCUCAUCGCAAGCUAAACCAGCUGCAAGCAGUUGUGCGAUAUCUCACCGGCAAAGAACCAGAUCUGGAGUGUGAUGCGCAGUUGUUGCAACAAACUCUCUUUGACGCUGUGGUUACUGCUCCUAUGGAAGCUUACUGGACCGCCCUGAUGCUCAACACAUCUGGUAUGGAUGACGGAGUUGAAACGGCUUUCUUGGGGACCCGUUCAGGCUUGAUGAGAUUCCAGAGGUAUACUGGUAUUGAGAAAAGAAUUGCCAAGUCUUUCCUGACCUCCACAGACAAGGAGAAUAUGUUCACGUUGGAUCAUUUCCCAGUGUGGUACCGCAGAGCAGCUGAGUACCCAGCUGGACAAUUUCUAUACUACAUGCCCAGACAGGAGACGAGAGACAUAUUCAGGGACUAUGAGGCUGACUAUGGUGCCACCUCGAGUGCAGAAGAGGUGGAGCACCAAGCGGAGGAGGGAGGGAGGAAACGGAGGGAGGCGGAGGAGGAAGAGGAAGCAGGGAGGAUCGUGAUCGCUACCACUGCUGUCACUGUGACCGUGGGCAAGAAAACUGCCAUCGCAGGAGCUAUUGGAGUCCAAAUGACACUGGAGCUGAUUGAGUCCAAAUUUUGGGCCAUUGCAGCACAGCCAAAUGACACAGAUUGCUCAGGCGUGGAGGGAAUCUGUCCUCUUCGCUGUGACAGUGUCGACAUCGACUGCUACGUGAUUGACAAUAAUGGCUUUGUCCUAAUUUCUAAACAGCGCAACGAUGCGGGAAGGUUCUAUGGAGAGGUUGACGGCUCAGUGAUGACCACGCUGAUCCGAAUGGGCAUGUUCAAGAGGGUAUCCUUGUUCGACUACCAGGCCAUGUGUAAGAUCAACUCGCACUCUGUCAGCAGCGCCCGGCCACUUCUCAGCCCCUUCUAUGGUUUGGCCUCAACCCUCAAGUGGUUCCUCUCCAACUUCCUACUGUUUCUCCUGGAGUUCAAUAUCUGUGGCUUCUGGCACACGGAGCAUUUCGCUGAAGCUUCGGCUCAUAAGAAAAAAGGGGACAUCCUGCAGCCGUGUGACACCGAGUACCCCAGCUUCGUUUACGAGCCGUCAGUCAAAGAGACCAACAGCAUUAUAAAGUGUGGACGAUGCCAGAAAAUGUUUGUGGUGCAGCAGAUACCAGACAGCAACCUGCUGAUGCUGGUGGUGCAGGCAGAUUGUGACUGCUCCAGACAGUACUCACGGAUCACCAUGGAGCCCAAGGAAGUCAAAUAUAACGCGUCAGUGAAGUGUGACAGGAUGAGAUCGCAGAAGAUUCGCCGACGCCCUGAGUCCUGCCACUCUUUUCACCCACAGGAGAACGCAGACGACUGUGGAGGAGCUUCUUUUAUAUCACUGUCAACUUCUCUCUUCUUCGCCUGUCUCUCCUUCGCUGCACUUGUUUCCUGAUGAUGGACAACUUUGCUGUUUGGCCUUCUCUCAAAAGCAGAAGGUUGGAAAAAAUCGAGACAUCAGUUGGAACACUGUGCACCUCCAGUGGAUUUUUUUUUAAAGGCAUAACAGAUACUUUGCUCACAAACCUCUGCUCUCUUCAAGGACCUUUGAUGUGGGUUACAGUCUGAAAUGAACUGAAAACUGAAGAAAUAAAAGCAAGUUAAUGGACCGUUGUUGCCAUGGAUACUUUUCCAUUACUUAUCUUCUCAUGCGCCACUUUGCAUCUCAGAAUGAAAAAGGACGAAAGAGAUUCAGGUGGUGGCCAUGAUGUGCAUUUAUAAAAGGGGAUGAUGAGUCACAGGGUGCAACAUGACAAAGUCCAAGGGAGAAAAAGCCUGGUACUCAUUUCCCGUAACCUACUGAGCUGAAUAUUGCAGACACACAUGCAUAUUAUAUAUGCGGAUGAAAGCAUGCACACUUCCAAACACAUCCACAAUGCUUUAUCCACAGAUUUUGUUAUAUUGUUGAAUAAUUGCCACUGAAAAGAGGGCUAUAGUGGUAUGGGAGGAAACACUGUUGUGUUGCUGGCGAGAGUCAUGUUUUACAUGGUUGUUUACAGUAGUAACGGAUUAUUGAGGAUGGAUUGGGUGGAUGAUGGCUCAGUGCCUGGAAAGUAGUCACAUUUGAGCUCUAUAGGCGUAAGGUAACAUGAAUAUGUAGUAAAGUUCAACAGAAUGAGGUUGUCAGCCUCUUCAGGAUCUACUUUUUUAGUUUUUACUUGGAUAAAAUCCAAAAAAGUCUUUGUUUCUGUGACAGUUUUUAAAACAGAUGUCUGUCUGCCUUUGUGUCUUUGUGCGUGUGCAUGUGUGUGUGUGCGUGUGUGUCUACAUACUGGAUGUAAUUCUGUUUGUCUGUCUAUUAGGCUCGACAUGUGUAAACCAGAAAUGUGCUGUAGAUUCUCACAGGGUGUAAUUCUACAGACAGUAUAGAUUAUUUUACAUUUAAAACUGCAUAUAGGUGGUUUAGAUUGGACUUUGCAUGUGCUUGCCACAAAGGAUAAUUUGCGCUGUCACAAAAACAUCAAAAUCUUUUGGGAAUUAAAACUAUUUUUACAUCUUUUUUGCUGGAAACUUAGGCUGAAAUUUACUUUCCAUGAAUAAAACUCUGAAUUCAAACUUUCAUCAUUAAAGCAAAACAAAACAGAUACUGGCUUUGAGAAGCAACAAAGAAACUUGGUAAUAGCUUAAUUUUUGAAAAUGUCAUCUCAGUGUAAAUCUAACUGCAUACAGUAUUUUUGUAUACAUUCGCUUGUGUGUUUUAUAUUUUGAACCAUUUCUUUGCAUUUUGGCCUGUGACCAUCAAUGUACCUUUUUCUAUGGUAUUUUUUAAUCACCUUACAAAGCAUGUCCUUAAGUUGAACUUACUCUGAUGACUAAAUUGCCUGAGAUUUUUCCUCUUUUUGUUGUUGAUUCAGUCACAUAUCAUGUGUGUGUGGAUGUGCAUCAUAACAGUACGCUCUGUGGUGGUGACAUUAUGAAAGUAAUUUAUUCAUCUGUCCCGUUUUUUGUUUGUUCUUUCCUCUGUGCAGUAUUCUGUAUAUUGUAUGAUUGACUGCAUUACCUGAAGCCAUGAUUUGUACAAAGUCAAUUAAACUAUCCACAUGUCUUA